UUUGCUGCCUUAGCUGUUGGUUGUCGGUCUCCCUUCGAAUUGUUCAGCUAUAGAUAAACCCGUGUAGGUGUGUCCACACUAAGUGCGCUUGUGUAAGUUCAACGCCCAACGAUGUCCUACAGUGCAGAGCGUGCCCUAUCCUAUCUAUAUCCCUUUAUCAUUGUCGCAUCGUUGAUUUGCUGCAUCACAUCAGCGGUUGCAUCGCUGCAUUGGCGCUAUGUCCUGAAUGCCUGUCCGGAUACGAACUGUGGCUGCGUGCUGCACAGUAAAAGCACAUAUAACAACUUUGAAGGAGGAAAUAUUGCUUACUGUCAUUACGCUACUUAUGGCUUAGUUUUGCCUUUAGUUUUUGCCGUCGUCUUGGGGGUCUAUCAUGGCUAUAGAAUGUGCAUAGGACGGGGCAAACCCAAGGCUGGCACAGCGACCAUUAGACAGCGCUCUGGCGAUAUGAUUGUUGUGACCACCGAAUCGGAAUUGACACCCGAUGGCCUCUCCCCAUACUAUUGGCUCCCAGCCACAGUUAUAUCUGUAAUUAUGGGUAUAUAUCAACUGGUCUAUGCUGCAAUUUUAACCGACGGCUUUGAAGUAACAUGUAAACAGUACAGAGAAACCCUUUUGAAGGAAAUUCAAGGAGUGGGCAACAUAGUGCCCGUGCUCAAACAACGUUUGUCCUGUGGCGCAGUUUUUGAUUUCAUGGACUAUCUGGUAGAGAGCAUUUCCUAUGAACGACGUCGCUAUGGUCGGAUUAAUACGGCCGCUUGCUUGUAUUUUGCUGUAAUCUUUUCCUGGUUUGCCUUGUUUGCUUGGCUCCUCGUUUGUGUUAUCAAUAUUUUGCAUUUGCGACGUACUCGAGCAGCUCGAGUUUAAAGCAUUGCUGCUUUCUAUUACAACGAAACAAUUCGACAAUCCAUGAACAUUUCCAUUAAUUUUAAAUGUAGUUAUUACUCGAUGUCACUUAUUUAUUAGUAAUUAUCUAACGUCCACGGUUCAUUCCGCCAUAUCACCACACAUAUUGUACAAAUAACUGUAUGAACAAAAAACUUUUUCUUAAAAA